CUGGCGUCCCGCCCCGAAAGGUUUCGGCCCGCCGCGUCACGCCGUCCUCUUUCCUUUCCUUCUCCCUCCCCUUUUCCCUUCCUUCGUCCCUUCCUUCUUUCCUUCCUUCCGCGGGGCGCGAUGGAGCCAGGGCGCCGGGGAACCGCGGCGCUGCUGGCGCUGCUGUGCGUGGGCUGCGCGCUGCGCGCGGGGCGCGCCCAGUACGAGCGCUACAGCUUCCGCAGCUUCCCACGGGACGAGCUGAUGCCGCUGGAGUCGGCCUACCGGCACGCGCUGGACAAAUACAGCGGCGAGCACUGGGCCGAGAGCGUGGGCUACCUGGAGAUCAGCCUGCGGCUGCACCGCCUGCUGCGCGACAGCGAGGCCUUCUGCCACCGCAACUGCAGCGCCGCGCAGCGGCCGGAGCCCGCCGCCGGCCUCGCCCCCUAUCCCGAGCUGCGCCUCUUCGGGGGCCUGCUGCGCCGCGCGCACUGCCUCAAGCGCUGCAAGCAGGGCCUACCAGCCUUCCGCCAGUCCCAGCCCAGCCGCGAGGUGCUGGCGGACUUCCAGCGCCGCGAGCCCUACAAGUUCCUGCAGUUCGCCUACUUCAAGGCAAAUAAUCUCCCAAAAGCCAUCGCAGCUGCUCACACCUUCCUACUGAAGCAUCCCGAUGACGAAAUGAUGAAGAGGAACAUGGCGUAUUAUAAGAGCCUGCCUGGUGCCGAGGACUACAUUAAAGACCUAGAAACCAAGUCAUAUGAGAGCCUGUUCAUCCGAGCAGUGCGGGCGUACAAUGGUGAGAACUGGAGAACGUCCAUCACAGACAUGGAGCUGGCCCUUCCCGACUUCUUCAAGGCCUUUUAUGAGUGUGUCGCAGCCUGCGAGGGUUCCAGGGAGAUCAAGGACUUCAAAGACUUCUACCUUUCCAUAGCAGAUCAUUACAUAGAGGUUCUGGAAUGCAAAAUACAGUGUGAAGAGAACCUCACCCCAGUUAUAGGAGGCUAUCCCGUCGAGAAAUUUGUGGCUACCAUGUACCAUUACUUGCAGUUUGCCUAUUAUAAGUUGAACGACCUGAAGAAUGCAGCCCCCUGUGCAGUCAGCUACCUGCUCUUUGAUCAGAAUGACAAGGUCAUGCAGCAGAACCUGGUGUAUUACCAGUACCACAGGGAUGCUUGGGGCCUCUCGGAGGAGCACUUCCAGCCCAGACCAGAAGCAGUUCAGUUCUUUAACGUGACGACACUCCAGAAGGAGCUGUAUGACUUUGCUAAGGAAAAUAUAAUGGAUGAUGAUGAGGGAGAAGUUGUGGAGUAUGUGGACGAUCUCUUGGAACUGGAGGAGACCAGCUAGCCCACAGCAACCGAAGAGACUUCCUCGCGAUGUUCAGGACACACAGAUUCUUUGUCCUUUUCCCAACAGCCAAGGUUGUUGAUACCGCAGAGCCUUCCCUUUACUCUCUGAAGUGAGAGGGAAGCCCCCAUCUCUCUCACUACAUGUCACCGGGGUGAGCCUGCCUUUCCCGUCUUCACACCUGCCACCUCGUGUUCACACCUAUCUUUCUCACCUUUUUUUUUUUUUGAGACGGAGUCUUGCUGUGUUGCCCAGGCUGGAGUGCAGUGGUGCGAGCUCAUCUUACUGCAGCCUCCGCCUCCCAGGUUCAAGCGCUUCUCCUGCCUAGCCUCCCAGGUAUCUGGGAUUACAGGCGCCCACCAUUAUGCCUGGCUAAUUUUAUAUUUUUAGUAGAGACGGGGUUUUGCCAUGUUGGCCAGGCUGGUCUUGAACUCUUGACCCAGGUGAUCCACCUGCCUUGGCCUCCCACAGUGCUGGGAUUAUAGGCGUGAGCCACAGUGCCAGCCUCUUUCUUACCUUUACACCUGUCUUAUCCUCACGUCUGUUUUCACACCUUCACCCCUGUCUUCCUCAUGUUCACACUUGUCUUUCCCAUGCUCAUGCCUGCCUUUCUCACCAUUUUGGUUUGAAGGACAGUCUUCCCUGACUUUUCUUUUUUUUUUCCCAGAAAAUCAGUAUUAUUUUUUAAAUAAGAAAAAAUUCCUAAAAGAUGGUAACUGUGAAAACCUCCUUUGGCUUCUUUGCUCUUCCAGAUUUUAGUCUCCUUUCUCCCCAUCCAGGAAAGAGAGGGGAAGACAAAGGCCAAACUUCUCCAGCCUCAUGAUGGCCUUCACGUGGUCUGACUUGUACCAGCUCUAGCAUCCCCUGAAAAACAAGUUGGAUAGUGUAGAGUACAGCAAUGCGGCUUUUACCCAACGCUUUAACGUCUCCAAAAUCACAACAGUUGGCUGAGCUGAUGUGAGGACAAUGCUUAGUUAUAAGGCUCUACGUUGGAAAAGGAAGAAAGCCAGAACUGUCUAGUUUCAUUCAUUCUUUCAGUAAAUAUUUAUUGAGUACCUACUAUGUGCUAGGCAUUGACCUGGGCACUAGAGAUACUUCACAGAAUAACAGGGAAAGUUCCCUGUGCUCAUGGAGCUUACGUUCUACAGGGAGAAAGAGAAAACCAAUACAUAGGAAUAAAUAUAUACAAAUAAAUAUAUAUAUUUAUAUAUAUAUGUAAAUAUAUACGAUGUAUCAUAUAGUGAUAAUUGCUAUGGAGAAAAGUAAAGCAGUGGCAGGGGCAGGGCAUGGAAUCCUGGCCAUGAGGCUGCAGUUUUAAAUGGAGUGUUCAGGGAAGGCCUCACUGGGAAUGUGACAUUGGAGCAGAGAUGCUAGAGAAGUGGUCCUGGCAAGGCAGUCCAGGCAGAGGAACAGCAUGUGCGGUGCCCCAAAGCGAGAACCUGCUUGCAUGGUCAGGGAAGAGCAGGGAGGCUGAGCAGGGGUGUGGGCAGAGGAGAAUGGAAGGAGAGAGGGCUGGGGAGGAGGUCAGAUGGUGGAGGGCCUUGACCUGGCUUCUGCUGAGUGAUAUAAGGGCCACUGGGGAAUUUGAACAGAGGAGUGCCUUGAUUGAUUUAUAUUUUGCAAGGGUCAUUCUAGCUGCCAUACUGUGAAAAACCUGAGUGGACAAGGGCAGAAGUCAGAGGGAAGACCUGCUAGGAAGCUUCCGUGAGAUUCCAGUCUUGGGCUCGGUCCACAGCAGCGGCAGUGGUCACUUAGCUAGAUUUAUUUUAAAAGCAGAGCCAAUGGGAUUUGCGGAGAGGUUGAAUGUGGAGUGGAAGAGAAAGAAGAGUUCUUGGUGACAUUAAGGUUUGUGGCCUGAAGAACAGGAAAGAUGGAAUUACCAUUUACUGACACAGGGAAGGACGGGCUGGGCGAGUAAGGAAUGUGGUGCAAAGCGGGCUGUCUGUGGUUGGGGUGGGAGCUUCAGGCUGCACAUCCAAGUGGAGAGUUUUCUCAGGUCAGGUCUGCAGCAGAGCCCAUGACGAGGAUCUGAAUGCGCUUGCUUUAUUGUGGGGGGUACUCUCAGAAGGACCCUGUGAAAGCCUCUAUCAGUCCUUUAUUGGCUGUGAGAAGUUCUGUGGGAGUGCGGGUACAUUUGAAGGCACGUGGCUUCCGCCGAGGGUAGUUCUCUGGAGAAGAGACUGGAAGCAUCUGGCAGCCACCAUGCAUGAUAGUGUACUGGGGGGCGAGGGGUCCUGGGAACUGGCUCUAUGAAGGGAUCCAGCAGGGCACCUCAGCAUGUCAGUGACAUUUAAAGCCAUGCAGCUGGAGGGGGCCGCUGAGAUUGUCUCCGAUAUUACUGAGAAGCAGCAGAAAAGAGCUAUGGACGGAGUCCUUGGGCUCUCUGGGAAAUGGGAAGUCAGCCAGAGACUGAGAAGGAGUUAUCUUAAGGUCAGAGAAAGCCAGGAGGGUAUGGUGUUCUGGAAGCUGAGCUUUCUGUAUUCAACCUCAUUCCCUUCUCCAAAUAAGCCAGUUGUGUAGUUGGGCCCCUCCAGGGGCGAAGGCAAGAGGGGAAAAACACAGCAUUUGGGAAACAAGGCUUUUCCUACAAUCGCCUGGGAGGGAUUAAAGGAUAGAGUGCGUUUUUGUGUAGUGGUGGUGAACUGGGGUGGAACACUCAUAUGUCCUGUGUUUUCUGGGCUUCCCUUAUCCCCCGGAACACUGUACUAUCAGGAGAACUCGGGCACAUCCUUCUGUUUCUCUUUCAGCUCUAUCCUGCUUCCCUCAUCCCUCCUGACACCACAUCCUCAUUCACCUGCACAAGAAUCCCUGUGUCAGGUUCUCCUUUGAGGGUACCCCACCCAGGACAGUCCCCUACCACUUCUGUCUUGGGCUGAAGUGGCCCACGUCCACAGUCUGUACUCCGGUGGCGGGGCGGUGUCAGUGUUAUUACUGGUGGAGGCACCAUGUCCAUAGCAGCCUCCCAGUCCCAGCAAUGCGUCAGACCUUAUGUGGCUUCCUGCUGGGGGAGAUGGCCUUUGCCCAUGGGAUGCUGGGCCCUCCUUCCUCACCCCACCCUCUACUCCACCAAACUUCCUUUUGAACUCAGUGGGGAAGAGAUGAUGAGAUAGCACUAGAAAGUAAUGGGGGACCCAGUGAAUGGACGCCCUGCUCCGGGAUUCCUGAGUCUGUAAAUAGCGUGCCCGGCAGCCGUGAACUCCCCUUAGAGCCCCGGGCUGCGGUGUCCUUCCCAGCUGCAUGAGAAAAUGAAAGCUGACGCUGCAGGGAGCCAGGAUGGGCUGGCUGUUGUGACUCACUCCACCUCUGUGCCCUGCAGAGGUCCCGUUGGGUCCUCGGAUUGUGAGCCUGGGGUGAGCUUUGUGUACAUGACGUUGUUCUGCCUAUGGGUUGAGUUGGCAUGGUGGGGGGUCCUCGUUCACUCUCUGAACGUGGCCUCCUUUCACUGGGGAUUGAAAAGCACCUCCGUCCCUACCCUUGCGAUGUCCCUCCAGGACCCCGGUGGUAGUAUAGUCAGUAUUGUCAGUACUUUGCUUUGAUUGAAGGCUGUGGAGCUGAGUUACCAAAAUUUUUAUUUCAAAGGAAACCAAACUAACCUUAAAAAAAAAAAAGUGGGCUGGUUCUUCCAAACCUGCCGUGAAACCCUCAUGUGCAGGCUGUGCUCACAACCCGGUGCCUCCCGGAGUGUGUUUCUUGGAAAAGCCUACAAGAUUCCUGGAUUGAGAGCCUGUUGGUUCAGCCUCAGUCUGGCCUGUCUUGAAAAAAACAAACCCAUUUGUACGCUUUGCGGGAGCUUCCAGGCCUGCCCGAAGAUGCUCGCUUGUCCUCUGACCCACCAGCAUGGAGCUCAGUGGUCACUGUUUGGUUCUGCAGGCUGGUGGGGAGGCUGCCCAUCAUGGUGGGGCAUCUGUCCAGCCCCAUUGCCACUCAGGGCAUCCAAGCAGGAGGCACCCACUGGGAAGGGUCUAAAGAGACUCCUCGUGGCCAUUGCUUCUGGUCACGCUUGACUUGUGGAGAAGUGAAGGGCUGAGGGGAGGUUUGUGUGCACACACGUGUUUAAAAGUGACGGAUUGGCCGAAACGAGCACAUACCGACGUAUGCAGCAUGCUGAUUCCUUCCUGAUUUUCGAGACUUUCUAAUUACUACAACCAACCUGUUGUGCUCACCUCUGGAAUCCAGAAAGAGAGCCACUGCGAGCCCCGACUGCAAGGGCUGCCUUAGGAAGGAAAUGUGUGCUUUCUGGAGUUCUUAUUAGGGGAAUUUUAAGAGCACAAAAAUUUUAUUGGACCCAACUCAGUGGCAAACAGAAAAUGAUUUGUUAGAUUGUCAGUGGGAAGGAGUUUAUUAUGACUGCUGGUGAAAUCAACAGUGGCCACUUUCUGCCAACAUUCAUGGAAAUAACGUUUCUAAGUUUUAAAUGUGAGCUGUAAACCGAAGCUACUUCAGU